AUGAAUUACCGCCAAGUACCCGUUAAAUGGAUAAAUAAGCAAAGAGUUCUUGUGGUAGCUCUAAGAGGUGGUACUAAAUUACACAGGCAUUUAAUGGAAGAUAUAAGAAAUUUACUUCCACAUGCUAAAAGAGAUAAUAAAAUUGAAAAGAAAAAUAAUAAUUUAAGUAUAAUUAACGAAAUUGCUGAAAGUAAAAAUUGCAAUAAAUCAAUUUUAUUCGAAACGAGAAGGAAAAAAGAUUUAUAUGUUUGGAUGUCUAAUUGCAGUAGUGGACCAUCUGCAAAAUUUGAAAUUGAAAGCAUAUAUACAAUGUUAGAAUUGAAAUUAACUGGAAAUUGUUUAAAAGCAUCAAGACCACUUUUAUCAUUUGAUGAAAAUUUUUCUAAAGAACCACAUUAUCAACUUCUUAAAGAAUUAUUCGUACAAAUAUUUUCUACACCGAAUCAUCAUCCGAAAAGUCAACCAUUCAUAGAUCAUGUUUUUACAUUUUCAAUACUAGAUAAUAAAAUAUGGUUUAGAAAUUAUCAAAUUUUAUCUGAAGAUGGUGCACUUGCUGAAAUAGGACCAAGAUUUGUUUUAAAUCCUAUAAAAAUAUUUUCUGGAAGUUAUGGGGGUGAAGUUUUAUGGGAUAAUCCUCAUUACAUAUCAACAACAAUGUUUCGUAGAAUGAACAACAAAGCUAAAGGAAAUCGUUAUUUGGAUAGGAAAACACAAAAAGAACAUUAUGAAGAAACAAGACCUGAAAAAACUUACAAUUUAAAUUCAACAUUAAACAUGUUUCAUGGGACUCCAUUAGAGCAAGCACAAGAAAUAAUUAAAAACGAAUCGUCGAAAACGGUUAAAACUUUAAAGAAAAAAACAAAAAUGAAAUUAAAAGAAAAAAAAAACAAAACGAAACAAAAUUUAAAACAAAAAAAAACAAAAAAACAUAAAAUCUCAAAUUGA